GGGAUUGAAGCACGUGUCAGCUAUCCGUUAUUCGACCGUUACAAAAAAAUAAAAGUCUGGGUGUUAAACCAACGAAGAAGGAUUGAAGAAGAAGAAGAGAAGGAGCUGAUUUCAAAUCACCGUCUUCUUCCAUUUCUCCGUUCAACAAACCCUUUCUCUCUCUAAAACCUCUCUCUCUCAUGGCCGUGGUAACCGAGUCUCAGCCUCACCCUCAACCACACACGGCUUCUUCGGAGUAUUCAGGUUCAGCUCAGGAGCAAAAGAGAUGGACGCUUAAUGAUUUCGAUAUAGGGAAACCUCUUGGAAGGGGGAAAUUCGGCCACGUCUAUUUGGCCAGAGAAAAAACUAGUAAUCAUAUUAUUGCUCUGAAAGUACUCUUUAAGACUCAAUUGCAACAAUCACAAGUUGAGCAUCAGCUUCGUCGAGAAGUUGAAAUACAGAGUCAUCUUCGACAUCCACAUAUCUUGCGACUCUAUGGAUACUUUUAUGAUCAGAAACGAGUUUAUUUGAUUUUAGAGUAUGCACCUAAAGGUGAACUUUACAAGGAAUUGCAGAAAUGCAAAUAUUUUAGUGAAAGACGUGCAGCUACUUAUGUUGCGUCAUUGGCCCGAGCCCUUAUAUAUUGCCAUGGAAAGCAUGUAAUUCAUAGGGACAUUAAACCUGAGAACCUUCUUAUUGGUGCACAGGGUGAAUUGAAGAUAGCUGAUUUUGGAUGGUCAGUUCACACAUUCAACCGCAGGAGGACCAUGUGCGGCACACUUGAUUACCUUCCACCCGAGAUGGUGGAGAGUGUAGAACAUGAUGCAAGCGUGGAUAUAUGGAGCCUUGGCGUUCUUUGCUAUGAGUUUCUUUAUGGAGUCCCCCCUUUUGAGGCUAAAGAACAUUCUGAUACUUAUAGAAGGAUAAUACAAGUGGAUCUCAAGUUCCCUCCUAAACCAAUUGUUUCUUCUGCUGCGAAAGACCUAAUCAGCCAGAUGCUGGUCAAGGAUUCCUCUCAACGACUACCAUUGCACAAACUGCUAGAACAUCCUUGGAUUGUUCAGAAUGCAGAGCCUUCCGGUAUAUACAGGGGCUAAUUUGCCUCUAUUGUGUUUUUCGUAAUUGUGGAAAUCACCAGUAUAGCAGCUUCUUCAAAAUAAUUGUCAAUAUUUGGCCUAGAGAUGUUGCAAACUAUUUGAAGAUUUGUAAACUUAAAAUUUAAAACCAUUGGGUUGACUGAUGCUUGCUGAAGCAUCUGAUAAAAAAAACCAUUGUUAGAGAAGAUCAAUUCACCACAUCCUUUCAGAUGCAAUCUUAGUAGAUAUAUGUCUUGUUAUAUCCAAUUUUAUAUGUAUUAUUAUCAUACAUUGAGGUGUAUUAUGAUAUGCCAUUGUGCUCAGGAAGUUUUUUUGUCCAACAAAACAACAAUGUUGGGUUUGAUAUUUGAUCACCAUGGUGUUUUUUCAA